AUGGCCCUCAUAUCCGCAAAGACAAUCAUCACCUCGCUCUCGCUCUUCCACAUCACCCUCGGCUUCUUCUUUCUGACCAACCCUAUGACCAUCGCCGACCAGGCCCUCGUCUGGGCCUUGGGCGAGUCCAUGGGGAUGCCCUACGACAGGUCCUUCGAGACUCACUCGCCCGCCCUGGCCUUCCUCGCCGUCAUCCUCGCAACCAUGGGCCUGACAGAUCUUGUCUCCCUGAGCCUGCCCGAGGAGGUGGGCCUGUUCGAGCACUGGGGGACUCAGGCCCCCAUCCGCCUCCUCAUCUCCUUCUUCCUUGUCACCUACUCGUUCCUCUUCUCGCCCUCGAGCCCCAUCUACCGCGACGACUCCUCCGUCCGGGGCCGCAUGGCCCACCCCACCACCGGGAUACACCCCCCGGGCUACGCCGCCAGCACCUGGGGCGGUGACGGGCUCAAGAACAGGGUCUUUUUCGCCUUCGCCUUUGUCGAGGUCAUCAGCUGGUUCUGGAUCUGGGUCACCCUGCGCGAGGAGAAGCAGAGCCUCGCCGUGAAGAGGGCGGGUGCUUCUAAGAGGAGGUCGAGCAGGUAG